AUGGUCGAGCAACAACAGGCCAAGGCAUCCCAAAUUCCUAAUUCCCAACCUACGAAUCCCCAGACUCCCGCACGGCCGCUCCCCACCGUCGUCGCCGGCGAGCCGUCGGCGAUGGGCUACGACCAGGGCCUGCCUCCCCACGGCGCCUCCUGGCCGCAGCGAUCCAACUACGACCCAUACUCCUACGCCUACGCCUACACCUGCCACAGCGCCGCUGCCGCCUCAUACUACCACCAGCCGCCCCCACCGGGAACAGAGCAUGCUGCUCCCGCGGCCGCCUCCUCUUCGUGGUCGUCCGCAGCGGCAGCAUCGAACAACGUCGUAGUGGGCGGGCCAGGGGCGAACCCUUUAGCCGUAUCCGCGCUGUCGCAGCCCACCAGCUUCGCCACCUCGAUCGGGUGGUCCGGGCGCGACGUGGGACACCUGCUGUACUACGAUCCGCAGUACCCGCCGUCGCAGCAUCCCACAGCGGUAUUCACGCACCUCGCUUACGUCUCUCUAUUUACUGAGCUGUGUACAAAUUUCAUCAGUAGGUGUAAUGGUACUGUGACGAUUGUGCUAAUAGGAGAUAGGCCUUCUAAAUUCCAUUCCAGUGGCCGUUCUAGUUUGUCUUUUGGAAUGGAACAUUGCGUCUGUUUUGUGUAUGAAGUAAGAUAUGUAUUUAAAGCUGGAGCUUUGGACUCUUCCCUGUAUUACAUGAAAGUCGGGGGUAUAGGUACGCUCAUGGGUGGGGCAGAGGUGGAAGCCCUAUGUAUCAUCCUCUUACAUGGAAUGCAGGAAUUACAUCACCAUGUGUUCCAGCUGCUUGGUGUGAUAUAUGCCGAGUGGGGUGUAAUAGCAAGGAAAUCCUUGAGCAGCACAAAAAUGGAAAGAAGCAUAAACGGACUGUGCAGAGAAUGCAAGAUAUGGCUCGCCUGCAAGUUGGCUCAAGUGGAAGGCCCCUCUACUGCAGUACAUAUGGUCCCACCUCUUGGUUCAACCAGCAUUGGUGGGGAGCACAGAGACUUGGCUCCUGAAAAUGUUGUAGCUUCAGUUUCUGGAGGGCAAAUUACUGAGGUGACAGGCAGUUCUUCCAAGCAAAACACAACACAUCAUACAGCAGAAGAUGGUCACAGUGUUGAAGCACAGGUAGAACUGCAUGUUGCUGUUCAAGCUUAUCAGCCUACAAAUGAGAUGAAAGAUGGCGGUGAAGCACCACCAAAUGCAAUAGGUCCAUCAAAUGUGGAACUGGUGGUAGCAAGGAUGGAUGUCAACGGCAACAAGAAUGGCCCAAAGAGGAAACUGACAGGAGUUGGCCGUGGUGGAAAGAAGCUGAGAGUGUCUCAAGCCCCGCGGCAAAGGCCUGAGCGACCGCUGGUGAAGCUGAAGUGA